AUGAUACCCAUUUCAAUGUUUUUGACAUUUUUUACUCCUUUUAUCGUCGCUGUUUCUGCUGCUUCUGGGCCGGUCUCUGGGCACUUGGAAAAGCCGAAUUUGGGUCUGAAUCGUCGUGGGGACAUUCCACUGGAUGAGUCGCUUCUUGCUAUUCAGAUCGGUGGGAUUGUAGGCGCAUACGUGAUUUUUGUGGCCAUUCUCUUGACCCUUCUUCUCGUGGUGGGACGACGUUUGCGACGAGCAGUCCACGCUUCCAACUAUUCGCUACAAGUGGAAAUGAUGAAGCCCAUCAAAUCUCCAUCCACCAUGGAGCCCAGUCCGGUGACUCCGAUCUCGGUCAACCUGCCCAGUCCUACCAAAGGACAUAGUUUCAACAGAUCCUGGAGCAGCCUGACUAAAGGACCCAAAUCCCACAUCUCCGGCAAUGGAAGUGUGGCUACAAUCGAUGAAUCAGUGGUUGCGAAUGACCGGCAACGGGCGCAGGAGCAGAUGGAAAUGCUCUAUGCCGCGGUGCUGGAGCACGAGGCGAAAAAGGAGGCCGGGAUCGAUAUGUCCAAAGACUCUGUAGAUGAUUCCCAAUCGCCCGAUAGCGUGCAAACAAAUCCCUUUACGGAUCGUUCGUCUCGGGUAUCAGAGGGACCCUCCAUGAAGCUCCCGGCGAGUCCACGGUCAACCAACUCUCGUCUAUCCAGAUUAUCGUCGCUCUCUUUGUUCAGCAGCAACAACAACAACAACAACAAUAACAAUAACAAUUCGAAUUCACGCGAACCAGCGGGUGCAAGCAAGCUUCGUUCACCACGGAUUGCCAUUCGGAAGAUGUCCAUCUCUUCUCCCUUGGCCUCGCCUGACAUGACAGCGUCCGCUUCAUACGGCGAAGACCAACCUCCUUUGACCCCUCGUCUCUACAACCCUCCUCCGCCGCCAGCUCCCCCAUCUGCCUCAUACAGCGAGAACCUGCCUCCCUUGACCCCUCGUCUUUACAACCCCCCUCCACCUCCAGCGCCACCGGCUGCCUCGGCUCCGGUCAGUUCCAGCAAGCCACCACGGAUGGGACGAGCGCCAGCACCAGCCCCGUUGACUCUUUCCACUGCGGGCCAAAAGUCGGCAUCAUCCCUCCCGUUCCGUGAUGCAUUCCCUUUGCAAAGUGCUCCGGCGACCAAGACUACGAUUUUGGAACGUCCUGAUAAACUCAAGAGCGGGCCUCGAACAGGACUUCCGACUCCGUAUAGUCCAUACAUGCCAUUUACACCGGUGACGCCCCUCACGCCUAGUCGGGUAGUGACCAAGCGACAGAGGAAACGGGAGACCAAGGAAAAUGGUCUUCAUGUUCUGAAUGAGGAUGAUAUGGUCCAGGAUGAUGAUGAUAUGUGGGGUUAA